AUGGGCGCCAAGCUGCCCACCGCGGGAGGCGACAAGGAUAGCGCCGCGCUGGACGACGCGCUGGGCGAACUCCUCGGGCUCGAAGACGUGCCAGACAUUAUCGCUGUGGGCAGUCAGGAGUCCGGUGCGCUGCCGGCGUGGGAGCAGAUGGUGCUCGAGCGGCUCGGCGACGGCUACCACUUGGUCGGGAGGCAGACGCUUGGUGCGCUGGGGCUGAUGGUGUUCACGUCGGCUGAGCUGCACGGGCGUGUGGGCACGGUGGCGGCGGACUCCGUCCUGGCGGGCGCGAAGCAGACGGUGAACUUCACGGCGACGAAGGGCGGCGUGGGGAUCUCGGUCGCCCUCCGCGGGGGCCCGCGGCUGCUGUUCGUCAACUCGCACUUGACGGCGCAGGUGCGCAACGUGCAGCAGCGCAACGACGACUACCACACGAUCAAGCGCGGGCUGCUGCGGCGCGCUCUCAGCAACUUCAAGACGGCCACGGAGGCCGCGGGCGGCUCCGCGGGGCACCACUGGCACCGGCCGCGCGACGCCACCAAGGGCCACGACCUCACCAUCUGGCUGGGGGACCUCAACUACCGCAUCAUGGCGAACCGCGACGCCGCGGACCGCGCGCUGAGCCUCGGGCUGCCGGAGGUGCUCCUCGGCAACGACCAGCUGCGGCGCGAGCAGCGGCACCGGCGGGCUUUUGUCCAUUUCCAGGAGGGGGGUAUUGAGUUCCCGCCGACGUAUAAAUACGACCCGGGGACGGACAAGUACGACACGAGCAAGAAAGCGCGCGUGCCGAGCUGGACCGACCGGAUCCUGUUCAAGACCGAGCACCGCCUGCGCGGACACGAGCCCGUGGUCAAGCGCUACACGUGCGUUUCUGCGCUCAAGUCGUCGGAUCACAGGCCCGUGGUGGCCACGCUGGAGGUGGGCCUCGCGCCCUGGGAGCAUGCCCGUCACGACGGCGCGGGCGGCGAGCGCGGCCGGUCCGGAGCAGGAUGGCAGACCAGGCGAGUGCUCUGGUGCAUGUGGCCUGUGCGGGUGCACAGGAGGCGCGUGUCGCAAAUGCCCAUGGCGAGCCGGAAGAUCCGCGGGAGGAUUGCGCCAGAGGUAAUACCGCCCUCGCUGGACACUGCGUCCACCGCUGUUGUUGUUGAGCAGUCUCCGGAGGCUGAGCGUAGUUCGUGA